AUUCGGAGUCGGGGGCGUGAUUAAAUUAUGAAUUAAGAGAGUUUAUUCGGAGAGAAUUAAUGUUCACGGAAAGAAAUCCGAUCUGAUGAGGGAUUAAUUUGAAAAAGAAAAAAAAUCGAAUCUGUUUUGAUGUUUCGUGUUGAUUUAUAGAUCGCGUGUAUCAUCAUGUCCUUUGUGUACAACCUAUCCAUCGUUUCGGGUCGGGACAAAUUUCCAGUCAAACAGAAAGGCUGAGGCAGGAUGGAUUUCUCCGGGUUUCGCUCGAUCUCCGUGAACAGAAAUGUGCCAGGAUAGAAAGAGAGCCGGUUUUAGAAUCCUUUUCAAAUCGGUUUCGUGAUAACAAAACAAAAAAAAAUAGACGAGGGACAGGCGUCGUCUCACGGGCCGGGCUUUUGUCGAAAUAUCGUCGAAAUGUUAUCGCCCGAUGUGAAACACCCUCGGAACUUGUCGAAGACGGAACAGCACCAAUUCAAGUCGUUUCGUAGUCUCGUGUUAAAGUGAUCGUUUUCGUCCAAUUCUUCGGCCGGAUGGUCUUUGUCGUCUUUUAUUUUUUAAAAAAGACGGAAAACAGAUCUUCGUCCGAAAAUGGCUUCGAACGUCAAUCUGACGAAAAAUAUUUGCCUGAACGCCAAGCAGAAUGAGGAGGGCAUCCACAUCGCCAAUUACGAACCUCUGGACAAGACGUGCAACACCCUCAAGAGAAACCCCAAAAUGGAAUUGAGCAAGGCUGACUUGUUGAAAUUGCUCAGUUAUCUUGAAGGAGAGCUACAGGCCAGAGAUAUUGUGAUUGCAACGUUGAAGUGUGAAAAAAUGAAAUACAUGCUAAAUCAAGGACAGUAUAAGUCGUCUCUUAGCGACCCACUAUCAGCUCUCCACCGAGAUGGAUUCGCUGCACCUAGUCAUUCGUUAGACCAAACCGAAAUGAACAUCGCCGAACACCAACGUAAUUAUUUGGAAAAUUUGGUAUUACAACAUCGUAAGGCUCAAAUUCGUAUGGCCAAUAUUUUAAAAGAUGCUGAAUUACACCAUAGAAAGGUCAUCGAAGAGUUAAUCAUGGAAAAAAAGAAACAUGAACACGACACAGCACAAGGGGAUGAUAUCACGUAUGGAUUAGAAAAGGAAAGGACUCGCCUUAAACAGGACUUGGAAAUGGAACGACAGGCGAAGAAGAAGCUUGAGAAGGAUUUAAAGAAAAUUUCAGACGUUUCAGACGAAGAUAAAAGCAGGCAAAAGCAAAUUGUCUUACUUUUACUGGCUGACAGAAAAAAAAUAGUCAUGAAAUAUAUCGAGGAACGAAAGCGGUCUGAAGAUCUUGCGCAGAUUUUGUCUGAGGAGAAAAGCCGUAUAGAUUCAAUGGCUGAAGGGUUGGAGGAAGAAAGUAAAAAAUCUCUUCAAAUGGAAGCAGAAUUAGAGAAACAGUUAGCUUUGUUUGACACGGAAAGUCAAAUUUUAAGAUCCAAUCUGCUUAGAGAGGAGAAAAGAGUGAAAGAAUUGGAGGCUGAACUAGAAAAAACUCAAAAUGAAGUGGCCAUGUUAGAAAAACAACUGGCGGAAAUUCAUCAACUAGCAGUACAAGGUAAUUUAGGAUCAAUACUGGGACGAACUGGCGUUCAACAAACCAUGGCCAGGCAUCCAUCACAAGGCUGGCCUGAAGGUAAUUCUACACUUCCGCUUCAAACGAAUACGGCGAUGAGCAGCAGUGUCGCAAAAGUUGUGCAACCGACUGCUACGGUCUCAAGUGUCCCAGUUUCCGGUCCAACUACUGGAGUUGCACGGAGCAUUUCACCAGGACAUGGUCUUAGAAGCGUGCCGUACAGCCAUUUACAGUCCACAUUACCAGCUAAGGUGGAAAAGCGCCUUAUUGGGAAUAACGUUUUGCCAGCAAACACAAAGCCGAAUGUGCCUCUGAACCCUAAGACAAGUCACACAUUGGCAUCAGCGAACGGCAAUCCUGACAAGAAACAGCCUCUGUCUCGGGGAGUGCCUCCACCAAUUCCACCGAACAAACCCGUCGUUCCGCCCAAAAAGGAUUCAGUACUUAUAGGCCGAAGGACGGAUAUCAACACUCCGGUAAAUAUGGAUAUAUCGAAGUAUAAGGAAGCCAAAUCACAAUUGGCCGUAGAAGGACAGGAUCAACAGGCAGACAUAGAUCCCGGUGAAACUUAUCAAAAUCUUCCUUCGUCAUCUCAAUCAGGCGUGGUUUGAUCCUUUAAUAUUUUCAAUAAUUUCAAUCUGAAUAGCAGUUUGAAGAGUGUAAGUUCAUGAGUGAGUUCUAGUUCAAGGAAGUAAGUUAGUUUGAGUUUAAGUCAUGAAUUAAUUAUAAUAUUAAGUGAGUGUGAUUUUUUUUAUCUUAAAAAAUUAAUUAUUCGCGAAGUAUAAUUUUUUCCUUAAAUAGUUUACUUAAUUUUUAUUCGCUUUAUACUUAAUUGAGCUGGUCAUACAGGCAAACGUUUUAAUUUCUCGUUUAGGUAAGACCUUGCUUAAAUAGCUUUGAUCUCCAAAAUACAAGUUCUAAUUAUUCUGGUUUAAUAGUUCAUAAGAAAAAAGAAAAAUGUUAAUUUUAUGUUGUGGCGUUUUGUUUAUAAUUCUAAUUUCGAUUAAUUGUAAACCCAUGUAAACUUUUCUGUCAAAACCUUAAAAAUAACACAUUACGUAGAAUUUUGAAGGUAAUUUAUGUAGGGUAGAAUUUUCCCCCAGACUAUUCACUUGACAUGGUUGAUAAUUUUUACAAGGAUUAUUAUAAUCAUGAAACUCUUUGAAUGUCUAUCACGACUUGAUUGUGCUGGGUUUGUCCCUAGAACAAAAUUUACGUCGUUCAGAGGGUGAAUGGCGUGAACAGGCCUGCGAUUGCACAUCCUCAAAAAAUGAUCGUCAGAUCUCGACAAACGGGUAUAACAUUGAAUAUAUUUUUAAACUUAAUAGCUGUUGCUGGGGAAAACAAUGAUUCUUUUGUAGUCCGAUUUAUCAACUCCGGCCCAUUGUUAAUAUCCUAGUUGAGAGAAUUAUUAUCGAAAUUUCUUAACAAGUAAAUGCAAAAAUUAGAAAAAAAAAGAUUCUGUUGAAUAUUAAUUAAUAUUUAUGAAAGGUAUUGGUCUAGAUAAAAAAGUC